AUGUCUAAUCCGGCUUCUCCUGCGGCCCAUUAUAGCCUUGACACUCUUCGUAGUGUGGGUUUACUUCCCGCACAAGUGGGACUCUCACGACAGCCUCGACUGCGAACACAUGUUGGUCAUAUUAAAGGCCUCGUCUACCCACUUCCCUACUAUGCCAUGUGGAGAGGUAAUCACACAAAGUAUACAUACAAUAAAAGCACUGUCUCACGAUGGGGAGAAGGGGAAACACAUCGUAUGUAUCAUCAACACUAUUCACAUGCGAAGUGUCCAACUGAUUACGGUCGUGGAGGUCGUGAAUUUGCGUAUUUAAGUGUGAAACGUGGAAAACUAGUAAAGAAACCAUUACCAGAAGUUCAGUAUGUUGCGAAAGGUUCAAAGCCAACAUGGCUUUUUAAGUCUUGGCAUACUCCACUUAGUUCCCUAGCCAUGUGGGAACGAGAAGUGCAGUAUCCAGAACAUAUUCCAGAACAUAUAGGUGCAAAACGACCUUUAACAGUAUUAGCACCACGUACAAUGCAUCGAUAUUUAUUUCUUAUGCAUAUGGAAAAAAUAACGAUUACGGUAUCACCUUUUCUUUUUGGUUAUGGAGAUACAUUACAAAAAGCCGUUCUAGACUUUUAUAGACGUGCUAUUAGUGCUCGUGCACCGUUUCCUAAAGAUAAGAUAUUUCUUUUUUAUGCUAUUGAUUGCAUUACCCCACGUAUUGAAGUAACUUGGUUAGAUGGUACUACCUAUGUGCCUCCUGUAUUAGAAGGUGUGAAACCACAUGAUCUUAUUCAGAUGGUAAUGGAAGAGGCGUGGUUAGCAGCAGAUCGUAUGAGUGCUGAAGGACGUGUUUUGAACCCAAUAGCCAUUGAUGAUUACAAAUGGGAUCAACUCAUUGUGUUUAAAAAGGCACGAGACAAGGAAGCAGCGAAGGGAGGAUCAAAGAAGAAGUAG